AGAACCUCUUAAGUUCGUGUCUCCUCGGUGCACGUGCUAAAGAUCAAACGAUUUCACAAUGUGUCAAAGAAUGUCGCUUGCUGAUCGGUGUGUUUUUUGAAACGUCGUGGACAGGUGUUAUUUUACUCGAAAUGUCCUAGACGCCUCGCAACAAGUAAACAAACCUAUUGUAACGGUAUAUAUUGCUGGAUUCGAGAUUACCCGUUUCACGCAAGUACUGUGCAAGUAAAACAGUUUAUUUUUGAAGCAACGAGUAGAGUGUAAAAAUCGCAAUAUCAAGGCAUGAUGAAUUCUUGCUCGAAGAAGAAUAAAGAGGUACUGGCAGAAGUACUCGAUCUGUUCCUUUUGCCGGAUUACAACGUUGUCUCGUCCACUUACUUGGAUCAUUUGCUGGGCCAUAUCGCGGAGAACACGAAAGAUUGUGCUGCAAUCGAUUAUGAGUACUGCGAGGUUUUUCAGAAGUGGAUACCAAAGGCUUUGGCAAUAUGGGAGUCUGGACAAGUGGCUUCGCAGCCGGUGAUCACAUUCACAUUGAAGCUUGUAGGGGUUAUCUCCAAAUAUGAGCUUCGUUAUCACUACUGGCAGUGCCAGGAUGUGUACAACAGACUCUGCAUAACUUUAGACUUAAACAGAGAGGACUUGCCUGCGUCCAUUAAAAUGGCAUACACAACAAUGCUGUCGGAUUUAAUUGUUCACCGAAGUGGCAGGCAAUGGGUGAUACAGUCUGGUGCAUGGAAGAAUAUUGUAAAUUGCGCUCAUUGGAAUCAUACGAUGUACGUCACAAGGGAGAGCCAGAAGUUUCUGUGGACGUUGCUCUUGUACGAAAAUAAGAACGUCGAAGCUUGCAAAGAGAUUAUCCUAGCCAUUGCCGCGCCGCUCAUGAGGAAUUCGUUGGAUUCGGAGGUGCACGAGGUGCUGGAGGAAACGUACUUUGAGCAGAACAAGCUGCUGUGCUCCACACUGGACAUGUUGACCAACAUUUUGGAGAACACGCUGUUUGUAAAUCUGGACAACAGCAUUCCCGAGUUGCUCGAGGAACUUAUCAACCUCGACAAGAGGGUGAAGGCACUGUUCGAAGCUUGCAUCAGCACCAGGUUCCUUCAUCAUGUGCACAAGCUGCUGUUGCUAUCAUUGUUCCUGAAGCUGAGGCAGGGUGUCAAGAAAAACACCGAGGUGAUCGACCUUGACAUCUGGCAAAAGUUCCGCAACGGCAUAUGCUACAGUUCUAUGAUGCUACUGUCGAAAAAGCAAAUCGUCGAACUGGUCAAGACUUACAAGUUAGCUAUGGUGUAUUGGAAGAAGUUGCGCUGCUUACAGCAAUUUUCCACGCCGGAGCCGUACAAAUUUGAACAUCAGGCGAUUGCUUUAAUGAUAUUACCGUUGUGCGUAUGCAUAAAGAAGAAUCACAUAAAUCACGACUUCUUGGAUAUGUUCCUCAGCAAGAUCUUCGAGGUAACGUGCACCACCGUGCAGAGACUUGCUUACCAUAUAAGAGACAUCAUACGGAACGAGGAUCUCCCCAUGGAACAAAUUUGUAAAGUGUCUAUCGAUCUGCUGCUUGAAAUAUUAGAUGUGAUGGAUAGAGACGUAGUGGUGAUCACUUUUCAAGCCUUGUGUCAUGUCCUGAAGAGUUACAUGCCGGAUAUAUGUGAGGAGACGAAGAAUCGCGCGUCGUCAGAAGCGAACUGCACAUUCACGCCGGAACAUCCACGAAAGCUCGUAUACAAAUCGAUUUUAAAAAGCGAUCCCAUAGUCGAUAAUCCUAUACUGCUGGCAUCACUGUUAGACGGUUUAGCCGUCAUGACGGAGAAGUUUAAACUGAAGUGGCAGGAAUGCGUGGAAACGAUAUGCGUGUUAUCCCUCGCGCAAGAAAUCCUGAAACACCCCGGGAUACUGCCGAUGAUAUGCGUGAAGGCGUUGAAGCUGUGCGAACUUGCCAUCCAUAACUUUAUGCCGCCCAACUUGGCGUUGCUCGUGGACUCGGACAGCCACAUGAACGAGAUUGGGCCUACGCUCUUCAAGAGGUUACAUGAUCCCAACUGGGAAGUGAGAGACAGCGUUCUCGAGGUGCUCAACACUAUCGCAACGAUUUCCGAAGACAAGUACCCGGCGUAUCAAGGCUUCCUGGUGGUUAACCGAUUUCCGGAGGUGGCGGUCGAGAUGGCCAAAACGGAUGCUGAGAGUUACGUGCGAGCGUCAGCGUUGACGUUCAUCGCGAGCACCGUUCGUAUCGGCAAGCUGUGGGAGCAGCAGCUGUCGCGGAUGAAUUUAACCGAAAUGGCGAUUUAUUUACUUGAGAACGAGAGCGAAGCGGUAGUAAGGAGGGAGGCAGUGAAUUUAAUAAAGGAACUGUACGUUCAUCGGAAAUGGCCAAAGGAAGUUAUCGAUUCGAUGUUGCGAGCCAUGUCUGUGGCGGCUGUGUUCGACUUGCACUGGGAAGUGAAGACGAACGCGUUGACUUUCUGGGACCACUUCGUCAAGUCGCAUCUGACGGAUCAGGGGAUGCUCGACGACUCCUUCCCGAACGUGACGUUCUCAAAAGAGCACAGAAAGAUCGUGUCGUUGAACGAGGCGGAAAUCAAGCGGAGACUGAAUAAAGCGCUCGACGAACUGGCGAGGCAACGUUGUCUAGGCGUGCUUCUGGUCGCUCUGAAGGACGACAGUGAUUUCGAAGUGUGCAAAGCAUCCGCAGCGAUAAUCGGCAAAUUGAAGUCCUGCUUGCUCAAGUACAAGUUGGACGAACCGUCGCCGGCGGAGACGCUUCCGGAGAACAGUGCGAUAUACGACACCGCCUACGUCAAGGUGACACCGUCGAUAUCCUCGCUUGUCAGCGAAGACACGUCUAACGCCUCACACAUCAUCGAUGAGAUUGUCGACGCAAAUGACGCCAAUUUGCUGGCGAUGAUUUACAAGAGCUCCUUGAACAUGGACGGCGAGGCGACGACGAUGGGAGAAAAGAAGGACGGGGAGAACGAAGAGAGGGAGAGGAAGAAGAAGAAGAUGCUCCGUUACAUCCCGUCCGUGACGCGCCAAGACUUCCUUCGCGCAAUCUUCAAUUCCGACAUCGAGGCUUACGUCGAGGAGAGGAACCGUUGGCUGAAAACGUACACCAACAGCUUCGAGUCGGUCCUCGACGAUAUUCUGAUGAUGUACAAGAAGAAAGACGUCAAUUCGAUGGACUGCUACUGAAAACAAGCGACCGGAAUCCUCCCACAGGCGUGCCUUAAGCGACUUCGCAUCCUACUUGACGCAUUAUUUGCAUUUCCCUUUUAUCGAGAUCGUCGAACUACCGGAUGUUGUUAAUAUAGUCACAAAUUAUAUUACACACUUUAGUACUUAUUAUUCUUAUAUUUCGUAUAAAUAUCGGAGUUAUCGUAUCAAACGUAUAUUUCUCGAGCUUAAUCAAACCUUUGUAAAUUUAGCAUGAAGUAUAUAUAUGUAUAUAAUGCGGAAUACUGCCUUCGAUCGAUGAUUGUUCUCACGAUGCGACGAUCAAAUAUUUUCAAGUUGUACGAAUCCCCCUGAAACCUUUAUCCAUUAGCUGCUUGCAUAAUUUUUAAGUUUCGGGGAGAAACUAUUUUUUCUCCAUUUUUCCAUAAAUUUUUUAGUUUCUUCUAUAUAGGAAAAAAAUGUGGCAGGUUUUAAUUGAUCACACGUGAAUUUUUCUAAGUGGAUACCUUUAAGACACCGAA